AUGGCAGGUUAUGCUAUUGCUCCUGGUGAAAGCACUGUCACAACUCUCCUAGCCACCACCAUCGGGACAGGUCUUUGUAUUGGUUCAGCCAAUGCCAUCAAUCAAUGGAUCGAAACACCUUAUGAUGCACAAAUGUUACGUACACGAAAUCGUGUCUUGGGUCGACGAGCACUUUCUCAAUUUCAUGCCUUUGGAUUUGGUACCUUGACAGGACUUGCUGGUGUUUCACUUUUAGCCACCUGUGUAAACCCCAUCACGGCAGCUCUAGGAGCAUCCAAUAUUUUACUUUAUACCUGUCUUUAUACCCCCAUGAAGCGUUCCUCGAUUGCCAAUACGUGGGUAGGUGCUGUGGUGGGUGCAUUACCACCUAUGAUGGGAUACACAGCUGUUACGAAUGGACUUGAUCCAGGGGCUUGGGUCUUGGGUGGUUUAUUAUAUGCUUGGCAAUUUCCUCACUUUAAUUCUCUUGCUUGGAAUUUGAGAGCAGAUUAUUCUAAGGCGGGUUAUCGUAUGAUGGCCGUCACUGACCCGAAAUUAAAUGCACGUGUUGCUCUAAGAUAUAGUUUGGCUAUGUUUCCCUUAUGCUUUGCAGUCCCUUAUUUAGAUUUGACGUCUUGGUGGUUUGCAUUAGAUUCAAGUGUUAUUAAUGCUGCUUUGACGUGGGGUGCAUAUAAGUUUUGGAGAAAUAGCAAUGAUAAAACUGGAAAACAUUUAUUCUUUGGAAGUGUUAUUCAUUUACCUAUUUUACUCGCUUUAUUAAUGGUUCAUAAAAGGUGGAAUUUAUCAAAUCAUACUAUAGCUUUGGAUGAAGAUGAAGAAAUAGAAGAAAUUAUACAAUGGGAAGAUGAAUAA